ACCUCUUGACUGUGACCAACUUCCCACACCAAAAAUAUAUAAUACGUUACCUAAAAGUCAAAGGGGCCUGUUUUGAUUCACAUAAACAAUGAAAUUUGAAGACUAUCUCAUGGAGAAAAGCCAACAAGAGCCUCACAAUAGACAAAACCUUGAGAAAGAGGUUGUCCAAUUGCAAGCACACUUGAAAUGUGAAGAGGCGCUCAAUAGGGUCUUACGUUGUGCACUUCAUGGACCAGUUUUCUCUCUUCCACUCAUUCCCCCACUAUUUCCACCUCAGGUUCGUGGGCUUCUUGAAGAAUUGGCAAUGGUUGAGGAAGAGAUCAUCAAGCUUGAAAAAAAAGUUAAGGAACUGGAACUUAGAUUGUUCCAGGAGAGAUACCAGAACAUAGACUUGGAAAUACACCAUAGGAGACAGUCUAAACUAUAUAAACAUUUCCGAGGAUCAUCGAGGUAUGGUUCAAUGAUUACUGAGCAGAAGUCAAGUUCACUCCAUUAUGAAGUAAUUAGUAAAGGAAGAAAGACAAGCAAUAGAAGGGCCUCUCUAGGUUCUGCACUGGAUUUCCAUAGCCUAUUUUCCACACCAAGAAGGUCAACAGAAUAUGAAGUGCCAAGAAGGAGCAGUGGGAAGAUAGCAAGAGAAUACCCUAUGCAUAUAGAAGAUGCCAUUGAGAAACCAAAUGAACUGUCAGAGGAACUGCUCAAGUGUCUGAUAGGCAUUUUUCUGGAAUUGAACAGGGCAUCAUUGGACAGAGAAGAAUCAGAAACUGUCCCUAGACUCACUCUUCCAUGCAUGAAGUCCACCGGCUUGAUGGCAAAGACCUCCUUAAACUGCAAGGAACCUUCAAAUAGUAAUGCCUCCUGUCUUGAUCCUUAUGGCAUAUCAUCAGAUUUGGAUUGCACAACAAGAGAUGUAGGACCCUAUAAAGACUUCAUUCAAAUCACCCGGAACUCAUUGGACAUAGACCGCUUUUCACAGUGCCUGCCAGCAUUCAGAAAAUUGAGGGUGUUGAUGCAUAAGCUAUGUGAUGUUGAUUUAAGUUUCUUGACAUACAAGCAGAAGUUGGCAUUCUGGAUCAACAUCUACAAUGCCUGCAUAAUGAAUGCAUUUUUAGACCAUGGCCUUCCUUCUACUCAGGAGAAACUGUUGUCUCUCAUGAAUAAGGCUGCAAUGAAUGUAGGAGGGAUAGUACUGAAUGCUCUGGCUAUCGAACACUUUAUUCUUCGGCACCCAUGUGAAUCAAAACAUGGUCCUGUGGAUGAAAAGGAAGUGCUAUUGCGUCAUGCUUAUGGUCUGGGAUAUCCAGAGCUCAAUGUCACCUUUGCUCUUUGUCGUGGCACCUGGUCCUCACCAGCAUUAAGGGUGUACACUUCAGAUGAUGUUGUGAACCAAUUGGGGAGGGCCAAAGUGGAGUACUUGGAGGCUUCAGUGGGUAUCACAAGCAAGAGAAAGAUACUUGUGCCUAAGCUUUUGGAGUGGCAUAUGCACGAUUUUGCAGAUGAGAUGGAAUCACUACUAGAAUGGAUAUAUAGCCAAUUGCCACGCUCAGGAUCAUUGAAAAGAGCCACCAUGGAGUGCCUCAUAAGAGAAACAAAAUAUUCAGUGUCCAAAAUGGUGGAAAUCCAGCCAUAUGAAUCAGAAUUCCGCUACCUCCUACCUAUAUAAAUAAAAUAAAUAAAAAGAGUAAAUUUUAACACUUUGACA